UUAAUCGCUUUGCGCCACCGUCCGCGACGGAGCACGGCCCAACCGCCGCCGCCAUCGCAGUGCCCCCUAGUGUGCAUGCAUGUGUCCAACGCUGUUUCUCCCUUCCUCCUCUCUAUCUCUCUCUUUCUCUCUCUCUCUUUCCUCUUUUCCCCCUUUCACUCCCUUUCUCCUUGCCAACUCGCUGCGCCUCGAUCUCCGUCUUUCUCUCCUUCUCCCUCUCCCUUUCCCUCUCCCUUCCUCGCCUUCUCCGGUCUCUCCCGCUGUCUCUGUCUCCCCGUGAUUCGCUAUGCCACUUCGAGCCGCGACGUUUUCACGGGCAAUCCGUGAGUGACAGCUGCCGGUGGCCAACGCGGUGCGUGCGUGUUUCUCGCGGCGUUUUGACACGACCGACACCGGCCGUGCGUGGGUGACAGUUUACGUGCGUGCCCGCGUGCGUGCGUGCGUGCCCGCGUGCCCGCGUGCCCGCGACCGCGCGAUAACCGUACGUCCGACGAGAAGAGGGCUGUUCUCGCUCUCUGUUUUUCGCGCCCUCGCGACGGUGUGUUUAUCAUCUGAUACACGGCGAAAGUGUGGUGUACGUCAACAUCCCUCGGGGGACCUUGGAGCGACGCGGGGUUGGCAAUUACCACCGCGGAGCCCGGAUCGUCGUUGCUACCGCUGCUGCUGUUGCUUCUGUUCCUGCUGCUGCUGCUACUACUACCAUUGCCGCUGCUGCCGCUGCGAUUUCAUUUGUGGGUCAGGUCAUGGUGAGCGGCGGUAUGGCCGGGCAGCACUACUGCCUGCGCUGGAACAACUACCAGUCGAAUAUGACAUCGGUGUUUCACCAACUCCUGCAGACCGAAGCCUUCGUCGAUGUCACCCUGGCGUGCAACGAGGCCUCGUUAAAGGCGCACAAGGUGGUGCUGUCGGCCUGCAGCUCCUACUUCCAGAAGCUCUUGCUGUCGAACCCCUGCAAACACCCGACGAUCAUCAUGCCGCAAGACGUCUGCUUCAAUGACCUCAAGUUCAUCAUCGAGUUCGUCUACCGCGGCGAGAUCGACGUUUCGCAAGCGGAGCUUCAGUCGCUCUUGAAGACGGCCGACCAGCUAAAGAUCAAGGGCUUGUGCGAGGUGCCGGAGAACAGGGACGGUCCGCCACCCGUGAGCCUGAGCUCGCCGCCGAGGGAGUCCGGCACCCCGAGGUUGAACUACACGAAGCUGAAGAAGCACCAUCAACGGUACAAGAGACCCAGAAUCGAGCGGCCCACGUUCGAGCCGCGCUCUGCCGAUCCGAGACAUUACGAUCGCUACAAAGAGGAAGAGGCCAACAACGAUUACAGCCGCGAUAACAAAGAGAACCAUCGGGACUGGCAAGCUGAAGAUGAAGAGUGCACGGAGACAGCGACAGCAGCAGUAGCACUGGAAACUUGCCAGCGUAAUAAUAAUAACAAUAACAACAACAACGGUAACGGCACGAGUAACAACGGUGACAUGUUCUGUCACACAGGGCUAGGGCACUAUGGCCACCAUCCGGAUCCCGGAGAGGUCGAUUUGCCCCCCGAGACCCAACCCACCCCACCCAGCGCCACCCUGGUCGGUACCACCAUUACCCACCUGAGAGAUCCGGAUCAUCAUUCUACAGAGAUUCAGAAUUGCGACGCCGUCAAAAUCAAGUUCGAGACGCUGCACACGAUGGACUCCUCGGACACGAUCGACAUAGACAGUCACAUGUCUGAUCGGGCGAGCGUGAGCUCGAAGAAUGCCGCCGACAGUGACAACAUGAUGAUGAUAACACCGGAAUUGCUGGGACUGAUGCCGUCGGGAAGCUCCGGCCAGUCGGACUCAGGUGAGAACAAUUCGAGGGGGCACAGCGGACAAUCCAGUUCGCAUCACCACGGCUCGAAGUCGUGGACGCAGGAGGACAUGGACGCAGCUUUAGAAGCGCUGAGGAAUCACAACAUGAGCCUGACUAAAGCUUCGGCAACAUUUGGUAUUCCCUCGACAACUCUGUGGCAACGGGCACAUCGACUGGGCAUCGACACACCGAAGAAGGACGGUCCCACGAAAUCCUGGAGUGACGAGAGUUUGAAUAACGCUUUAGAAGCGUUACGCACCGGCUCCAUUUCGGCUAACAAGGCGUCCAAAGCGUAUGGCAUACCUUCCAGUACGUUAUACAAGAUUGCUAGGAGAGAAGGUAUCAGGUUGGCCGCACCGUUCAACGCGAGUCCCACCACGUGGACGCCCGCUGAUCUGGACCGCGCUCUAGAAGCAAUAAGAUCUGGUCAGACGUCUGUUCAGAGAGCGUCGACGGAAUUCGGUAUACCUACGGGGACUUUGUAUGGAAGAUGCAAGCGGGAAGGAAUCGAGCUUAGCAGGAGCAAUCCCACGCCGUGGAGCGAAGACGCUAUGACUGAAGCUCUCGAGGCUGUCAGAUUAGGUCAUAUGAGUAUAAAUCAAGCGGCAAUCCACUACAAUCUGCCGUAUUCGUCAUUGUACGGGCGCUUCAAGCGAGGCAAAUACGAGGAACCCGUCGUCGGCGAUCUCUCGCAGGAUGGCACCAAUCCACAUUUCCAUCAGAGUCCCAACCAGAACCACUCAUCCGCCCUUCCAGAUCAAAUGGCUUACCCGGGCAGCUGAAACUUACCUCUUUACUAGAGUAUUAAGUUAGCUUAAGCUCCGAACUUUUCGAUUCGCGGCAGCUCCUCAAACAACUCUUUAAAAAGCAAACACACGCGCGGACGGCAUUCUAAGAGAUUAGAUACCGAUCAGUGAGAUAGAAUGUCAUUACAAAAACACACUACGAUAGCGAAGGAUGAAGAUUUACGCGCAGUAUUAAAAGUGGAUCGCCGUAAGCAAGCAUUAUGUACAUUGUAUGAUUUUUAUGUCGGAACAAGAAACUUAGACUAUACUAAUUUAUAAGAGUUAUUUAUAAAAAGAGCACAUUGUACAGAGACCGAGGGGGGUGCCCCAACGAAAACUACUUUAGCACUUAAGUCACUUAUGAAGCGUUAGGUGAGAAUAGAUAUAAUGAAUAACGGACAGCAGUAUCCUGUUGGGCGAAGUCAAACAAGAAAUGCCAUUCAUCGUAGCGAUUGACAACACAAGAGAUUGUAGCGAUGAUUUCUUGAAAGUAUCUUCAAAGUUUAAUCUCUUAUGUUUUACAUCGUCUUACUUUGAUAAAAUUCGUGCACUGAAUUCUUGAAUUGAAAUGUUUCUUGCAUAAUUUCGCAUAACAGAGGAUACAUUCGUGAGCAUAUGUCGAUAGGGAAAAGAUCCAUAAAAUUUGAAUACGUAAUGAUGACAUUUGUUAUAAUACGAAUGGCUGAAAUGGAAUGAUAUAAGAACAAAAUUACGAUUUAAAGGAUUUAUAAACGAUUUUAUUCUUUUGACGUGUCAUUUCCGCGUUUUAUCUUGCGCGAAAUUGGCAAACAUUUUACGUAUUUAUGUUGUAUAAAAAUGUGAUUAAGUGAGUCAAUACUUUGAAACUAAAACAACUCGUGUCUAUUCAUAGAACGACAUUGGCUAUUCUAGUUCGGUAGUAUUGCGACGUGAAAGCUUUCUUCGAGGAAAGAAGAACUUAUGUGCUAAUAAUUUAAAACAUAUUCCAUAUAAAAUGGACUGAUAAUGAUUAGGGUUUUUAUUAAUUUUUGUAUUAUUGAGAAACUUCCGUUUCAUUUGAUUUUAUUAACAAAAGAGGGAUUGUAAAAAGAAAGAUAAGUUUUUCACGAAGGAUAAGAUGGUAAAUAUUUACAGAAUAGGUAGAUAUGGCUCUUAACAGUUUCUUAGAAAAAUUUAAGAUUCCCUCUCAGCUCAACUGCCACUCGUAUAAAUAUGUUACACAUAUUAUUAAUUUAUCAUGCUCACAUCAACUAUAUUACAUAAAAAUAUACAUAAUAGAUAUAUGCUACUUAUAAAUACAUAUAUAUAUGUACAGUUUAUAUAUAUUUUAAAUUAAAAAGUAAUGCAAUCAAAGAAGCGUUUUUGAUUUGUAUAAGUCUUUAAUAUUUUUUCUCUUUAUUUUCCAAUUAGGUAAAUCAGUUUUUACGACUCCUACUAAUUUUAUACGACAGCUGUGAAAACAAAAAUAUUUGAUUUGCUGAAAAUGUUUAUUAUAAAAUUAUUAUUAUAGAUACAUGUUUAUUAUAAAAUAGCAUAUAAUUUUGAGUAUAAAGUACAUGUUUCAAAAUGAAUGUUUUAAAAUAUUUUAAAAAUAUAUCGAUUUCAUAUAGCAUAAAUGUUUUUAUCGAAAAACUUUUUGUUUUAUCAGUAAAGUUUUUUCGUGUUAUUUUUCUUUUUAAUAAUUAAGUUCAUUCUCGAAGACUUUAAUCUUAAACAGAUGUAUCCAGUGUUUACCAUCUGGAUAAGACCAUCGCUUAAGGGCCUUAUUCUUAAGCUGAGUUGAAAAUCCAGGACGCGUAGGCAGUAAACAAAAAGUAUUUCUAACGAAUAUAGGAUCUACAAAGUAUCCAUGCUGAUGAUUGACAUAUUCUAUCAUAGUGUUCAUAGAUUGACUCAAGCAAAUAAAAUCCCAUAUUUGAA